UGUGCUAAGCAUAUCCUUGGUAUGCAUUGGACUGAAUUUAUUAAAUUGCUAAUCCAAUGGUCGCCAUCAUUCCAGUGUUUUGGGACAUUAAGUCACGUUUUCUUUAUCCAUCAUAUUUUUCUGAUUGGUAUUUUUCAAAACUAAUAAUAAUUCCAUCCACUUUGUCUUCAUUUGUUCCUCGACUCUAUUUAAAGCUCCAUUGUUUCAGCAGACGUGCAUGUUUUGUAUGCUCUGGUUUUUUGGGGAAUUCAUUCUUGCUCUCAGAAAAUUUGGGAUAUAUUCUUUUCUAUUCGUAACCCGCUGUAGGUAUUGAUACCCACAUUUUCUCCGCAGAAGUUUGGAGGACUCAUGUGCAUUUUGAGGCCCGCAUUGGAGAUUAUCUUUGAUUCACUCAGGCUGUAAAAUUUGGGAGAUCUGGGCUUUUUUUGCAGUUGGGCUAGGAAUCGAUUAUGGCUGUUGCAGUUGGAAAGGUUGUGGGUGUCAAUGCGAAUUUCAAUCCCACGUUUGGAAGAAAAGAUGGGGGAGACAGAAAAUUGUGGGGCAGAAGAAAUGUUAGGGCAAUGGCGUCUGUUAGUUGUGGGAAGGUGAAAGAGGAGUAUCAGUUACUCAGAUUGAAACCCAAUGCCAGCGAAAAGGAAGUCAAGAAAGCUUACCGACGGCUUGCCUUGCAGUAUCAUCCCGAUGUCUGUAAAGGAGAGACUUGUGUUGUGACGUUUCACAAGAUCAAUGAGGCCUAUCAGAUUGUGAAGUCUAGUUUGAUGGAGGAAGAGGAGUAUUAUGGUGAUGAGGGUUACAUGGUCUUCGAUGAAUGGGAAGAAUGGAUGGAUGGGAUUUGAAGGUGGUUGUCCAAGCGGAGAUUAUUCCAAUCAUAUAAACUAUUAUACCUGAUCAUCAUCAAUUUACAGUGGCAGAUGCAAUCAAUUGUCUAUAUUUAACAGAGGAAUCUAAUUAUUUCAUCUCAGCAAUUGCCUUUAUUUUUUCUGAGCAAUUGCUUUCUUUUUAAGGAGGGAAACACCUCAAAGUUUUAAACUUUUAUACCUGAUUAUGAUCCGCACUUAAUUGUGUAUAUGCAACAGAUAAAUGUAACUAUUUCACCUCCGCAAUUGUUUAGUUGUUGGAAAAUCAAGCUCUCUUGUCCUCUAUUAAAUUUAUUUUACCUCAGCAAUUGCAUUUA